ACUGUAAUCACUGGUUGUCGUGCAUGCGCGUCAAACCUGGAUCCGUCAGCCGUCUACAACAUUAGUUUGUGGCUGUCAGAUAUGUCGAAAACAAUGAGCUAGUGCAUUACACAGUAGUUAACAGCAACGUAGUACAUUCCUCAGUUAUAGGUAAAAAGAGAGGAACAAAGUUCACGAAGUUAUAAAGAAAAAUCAUUCGUUGGGAUGUGAAUUAUGCUGCGGAUUCGAAUAUUUGUCCACCUUGUUGCACUCGUCUUGGCAGUGAGAUGCAGCGACAUAACUCCUGCCGUGUUCGGGAACGUGCUGGAUGGCAUGCCGGCGGCAUUCGGCGACUUUAAUUCCGAUGAGUUAACGGAUGUGUUCAUGCUGCGCAAAGAUGGCCGAACAGUGGAAAUAUUCCUGGCAGCUGAGCAGGAGCCCCUGCUACUGCCCAAGCCGGGUCUAAAUUGCUCGUUUAAGGACCAUGUAACUAGCGUGGUACCAGGUGAUUUUGAUGGUGACGUCUUUAUGGACAUUUUAGUAACGACGUUUAAUCGCGAGCAAAAGCUCACUUAUGCGCACAUACUGUGGGGUGGGAAUGGUCAUCUAAACUGCAGCGACGAAUGGAAUCCUCUUAUAGAAAUGCGCGACCAACCAUUGGCAUUGGAUUAUAAUCAAGAUAUGAUAAUUGACCUUUUUGGAGUGGAUAAGCACGGCAAAAGAAUGUUCUGGGUGUUUAAUGAGAAUAGGACUACUCCACAUCCCAUCGAGAUGUGCGAUAAGAGUUUGGAGCCGCUAGAGCCCGUGAGAAAUCCUCACUCCGUGAGAAAUCCUCACUCUAACGCUUUCCUGGAUCUAAACAGUGACUUUCUGCCGGAUCUUGUAGUAACUACGAGGAAGUCCUUCGAGAUAUGGUUGGGCACAGAACUGGGAUUCGAGUUUUCUCAUCAGAUCGACCUUCCAUAUAAUAUAUCAAGCGAUACGAAAUUCAAAGGGGAAUUCGGACAGACUCUCUAUCUGGAUGUCGAAUUGACCGGCAAAAUGGCUCUCCUUUUGCCACUAUGUUUCGAUGAAGCUUGUACUAAUUGUACGAUAAUGAUGUACUUGAACGGCUGGCACAAUCUGAGAGUGAACUUACGUGAUCCCAAUAACGUCUUGUGGGGUUUCGUCAAACCCAAUGGUCAUCGUUACACGGAGACUAUUACUCUGCGCGGCGGUGAUUUUAACAUGGAUGGCUAUCCGGAUUUGCUAGCGACUCUGCAGUCCACGAAACAGACACAAUCGUUUUUAUUGCAGAACGUGGCAUGCAAUAAUUGCGCCGGUUUCAAUCGCACUUUUGAUGUCAAAUGGCAAGCAUUGAAUCCAUUCUACAAUGAGACCGCGAUGGCAGUGUUUUACGACUUUUAUCAGGAUGGUAUUCUAGACGUAAUCCUAGUUGAAUUUGACAAGACGAACAACUAUCGCACUGCCGCGUUUAAAAACAGUUUGGAUUAUGACGCGAAUUUUGUCAAAGUGAUGGUGCUUACUGGGCGCACCAACAGCAUGUAUCCCAUUUCACCGGGUUCGCUUGGUAAGAAAAAGAGAACUUAUGGCACCAAUUUACCGGGACCAUCAAUCGCGUAUAGAACCACUACGCAGGAUGGUAGUCCUCGCAACGCGAUCGCCGCGCAGUUACCCCAGAGCGCACAUUUUUCGCUUAACUUGCCGUACACCACCUUCGGUUUGGGAAGAACGCCCAAUUUUGUGGACGCUCUCACGAUAGGGGUUGGCGGCAAGUCACGAGAAUGGCCACAGAUUAUUCCCAAUUCUCAGAUGGUUGUGAUACCAAAUCCAAUUGCUGAACCAUCGAGAUGGAAGGCACAACUAUUCGUCACGCCCAGUAAAUUAAUCUUACUGAGUGCGGCCGCCUUAUCCGGCACCUGCGCUUUAAUCACAUCUCUAAUUCUCGGUUUGUAUUGGAAGGAAAGAAGAGAAGAUAAAAUCGAGAGACUUCAGGAAGCGCACAGAUUUCACUUCGAUGCGAUGUAGAAAACUGAAUAAGGGAAAGGGAGAUAUAAGAUUAAUAAUUAAAACUUAUUUAAGAUAUUAAGUUUAUUGACAUAAUAAUUUAAUAAUAAAUAAAUCGCGCUUAAUAUCCUA